UAGUCAUGUGACGUCUGUCCUCGCUGUUACUUUUAGCAUCAUGUCUUUAAUUAGCUAACGCUUCCUUAUUUUUGGGAUUGAAGUUCAAUAAAAAAUAAUCACCACACAAUUUGCAAAUGUUUCUCGACUUAGAUUUUAACACUUUAUAAAGGACAAUCCCAGUCUUUGGAUGGAGUCAUUUUCCAGCUUCUCGCUAUUUUCUAUAAUCAUACAAAGGGACCUCAGGUUUCAGGAUUCAGGUCAUAGUGCAACAGAGUUGCAGAAGAAUGGUCAAAUAUUUUUGUAGCACCUCAGACAUAAAGAGCACAUGGGACCAUGUUGUCUCUGCCUUUUGGCAGAGAUACCCUAAUCCUUUCAGCACCCAUGUUCUCACUGAGGACGUCGUGUACCGGGAGGUGACCACGGACCACCGGCUCCUCUCCAGACGCCUGCUGAUGAAGACCAAUCGGCUGCCUCGCUGGGCAGAGCGGUUCUUCCCUGCCGGCAUGUCUCGCUACGUCUACAUCCUGGAGGACUCCAUUGUGGACCCGGUCAACAGAAGCUUGACCACCUACACCUGGAACCUGAAUCACACGACUCUCAUGUCUGUGGAGGAGCGCUGUGUUUUCCUAGAUUCGGCGGAGCAGCCAGCAACCACGCAGCUAAGACGGGAAGCGUGGAUAUCUUCAAGCAUUUUUGGCUUCUCCAAACCCAUUCAGGAGUUUGGAUUGGCCCGCUUCAAGAGCAACCAGGUGAAGGCCAUGAAGGGGCUGGAAUACGCUCUGUCCAAUCUGCAGGGUAUGUACGGAGAGGCGCCGCAACGGCAGCUCCGGGACUCGGUGAGACCCCCGUCAGAGAAGGCCAAGGAGGCGGCCAAGAGUCUGGCGUCAGCUGCCGCCGCUCCGAAGAAACCCCAGCAGUACGUCUGACGGCCGGGAGCGGGAGGCUCGGGGCCGACGCCUUAGAUGAGAGCAAACUGUGACCGACUUGGUUCUCUUCAUCAUGUCUGUGUUUUUUUUUUUCUUUCUUUCUGUCUCGGCCCUGUUAAAUCUCAGGUGUUUGUAUGAAAGCCGUCUGCCUUUCAGUGCUAGAACUGUGUCAGUCAGCCGGGUGUAAAUACUGAGUCCAGAUCACUUCACAUUUUAAGUUCUCCCAGUAGAAAGAUGAUGAUUUUAUUUGUACUUUUUAGAGCUAAUAUAUAGAGCAAAUAUAUGCAUCAGUAAUCUGUGAAAUGAUCAUUAGAAAGCAUAAAAUGCCUAUGCUGACACUGACAAUCGCAACAGACUGACUUCUAUCAGAAUGAGCAACAUUUUCACUGAUUUACUGUAAUGUGAUCAGGCUGUAACUGUAUGACUGUUUCUGAGGUGGAAUAAUGAAACUGAAUCAACUUAUUUUAAAGCUUGUUCUAAAGAUCAUUCUGAUUUCAGCGACUGCAUUCCUUUCACGUUUAAAUUAGACUGAAUUUUUAUUUGUUGUCUAAACCUUGGAUUAAAGACACAAUAUGAUGGAUGUA